GGAACCUGGCAGCGCUCCCUGAACUGAGCUGACCAUGCUUCAUCCCCUUCCAUCCGUAGGACUUAGAGCAGCUGCCAAAUGAGGACACCAACCUGCUGCCCCAGCUGCAGCGCCUGGAGAGCACGCUGAGUGUCUGCACCGAGGAGGCCAGCAAGAACCAGGUCUUCAUGCGCCUGGGCCACAUGGCCUCUGAGUUCAACCGCCUGGCCUCCAAGGUGCACAAGAAUGAGCAGAGGACAUCACUCCUACAGACACUGUGUGAGCAGCUGCGCAAUGAGAACGAGGAGCUGCGAGCCAAGCUGGAGAGGGACCUGGAGCAGAGAAACCAGGCCCUGGAGAAGCUCAGAUGUGAGAACCAGGAGCUCCGGAGGAUGGUGACGCUGAGCAGCAAGGAAAAUGCAAAGAGGGAAGGUGCCGAGCAGCAGCAGAGUGGGACCAUGGUGGAGAAGGUGCCAGGCAGAGGAGGGCUGGAGGCCAAGGAGAAGAAAGUGAAGAUCCUGGAGCACCAGCGCAACGAGCUGCUGGAGGUCAAUAAGCAGUGGGAUCAGCACUUCCGAUCCAUGAAGCAGCAGUACGAGCAGAAGAUAACAGAUCUGCGCCAGAAGCUGGCUGAGGCGCAGAGAGCGCUGACUGAGCUGGAGUCAGAGCGGGAGCAGAAGCAACGGGAUUUUGACCGCAAGCUGCUCCUGGCCAAAUCCAGGAUUGAAACGGAGGAGGCGGAGAAGGACAGGCUGGCCACAGAGGUGAGGGACCUGCAGCAGAGGAUGCGGUUCCUGCAGGAGCAGCUGGCUCCUGUCACCAAGCAGAGAGAGUACCAGGAGAAAGAGAUCCAGAGGCUGAACAAGGCACUAGAGGAGGCCCUGAAUGUCCAGGCCUCUCCACCACCCACCUUUGCCACUGCUGCGGAGCCAGUUGGGAAGAUGCCACGGCAGGAGCUGCUGACCCAGAAUGAGCUCCUCAAGCAGCAGGUGAAAAUCUUUGAGGAGGACUUCCAGCGGGAAAGGAGUGACAGGGAGAGGAUGAACGAGGAGAAGGAAGAGCUGAAGCAGCAGCUGGAGAAGCUGCAGAAGCAACUGGCAGUCUCCAACAACCAGCUGCGUGUCUCCAAGGACGACUGCCAGCGGGAGAAGGAGGAGAAGGAGAAGCUGAAGAAGCUGCUGAAACAGCACAAGCAGGCUUCUGGUGAGAGACUGCACCCCGAGCCGCUGCCGGGGCCACUGGCCCCCGCCUUCCCCCUGUAUCAGUACCAGUACAGUCCCCCUGUGGCUCACCCCAUGUACCACGGCUUUGACGACUGGCAGCAGAUCCGAUACCCACCAGCAAUGCCAGGCGAGCACGCGCCGGGACAAAACUUCCACCACUUCGCUCCACCAGAGUACCCCUGGCGCCCACCCUGCGCGAUGUCUCGGAGCCAGAACGCCCAGGCAGUGGCUGGGAUGAAACCGGUCCCCAAGGACUUGGGACCUUCCUCCGGCUAUUUGCCCCUGUGCAUAUACACAUGGUGUAUAUGGCACGUGCUCGUGGCCUGGAACGGCUCUAGCAGGAGUUCGCGGGGAGGAAUGUGCACGGAGGCAAAGGAGGGACUGGAGAUGCUCUUGCAGCAGAGUCUCCUGCAGAGAGCACAGACAGCUCUGCGUGGCCAUCUCCUUCCUGGCAACGUAUUGGGCUUGAAUUUGAUGCCCAGCUUUCUAUAGCUGAACGAGGAAGACAAGGUUUUCGGGGAAGGAGAGCAGGCGUUUGCCAGGACUGCACGCCAGGAGCUUCUCAUGUUCCAGGAGAUUCAUCGCAGAACAUGAUACAGUUCUUCCCCUUGAUGAACGUUUCUGCAAGCUGAUGGCACGGACCUCUCCUGGUCAGCGGGUGAUCCCAAGGUUGCAAGUUCAUACCCUGUGUGGACACAGACUGGGCUGAGGGUGCUUGGUGUAUUUGUGUUUAUUUAAGGAUUGAAGCUAAGCUGAGUCUGUUUUCAUCCUGAAAGCAUGCUUUCCCGGGAGAAGUUUUUGUAGGACUCGACGUGGGAGUUGUGCUUAAACUGUUAUUUCAGAUGUGUUCAGAGGUAGUCUGAUGCCCAGAGCAAAUGCAAGGGGAACCAAAUUGCUCCCCAAGCACUCCAGUAUUUAUUUACCCAAGCGAAUGCUAUCCACCUGCUGCAGGGACAGGCACUACACGCCGACUUUGCAAAACGUAGCCGCUAGCCUGACCUGCAGUCCCAUCUGUUAGCGUGGAGGCAGGCGUGAGGAUGUCAGAACAGGGCUUUGGCUUUAGCCCUGUGUCCUCCAUGUCCUCCGGACUCCCCUCCUGCUGCCUGUUUUUUCCAAGGUUCCUAAUAUGCUCCCCCUACGCUGCCUGCUCUGUCUCCCAUCUCCGAUUUCCUGCUGCUCUUGGAUUGUGGCCAGUUUCUCAAAUGCAGAAAGUAAAUCGUGCUCCAGCUGAAAACAAGUCUGGAGUAAAACUGUUCCUGUAAGAACUGCUGUCACGUGGAAGACAGCAGGGAGGCAUGGAGCUGAGACAUACUCGUCUGUAAGAGGCUGGUCGCUGUUGCUCCUAGUGAACCAUGCUAUUUACAGCAGCAAGCGAGGGUCCUGCUCUGCACAGAGGAAACAUGUACUUAGGCUCUUCCACUGCCUGCUUGGCCUACUGCUUUCCACUCUUGUUUGUGCUCUGGACUGAAACCUGUUCCACUCCCCGUUUGUUUUGCAAUGACCCUGACAUGGCAAAUGCACAGAAAUAAUUCUUGCAUUCAGACCAGGACACGCCUGGGGCUUGUGUACAAGUUAAAGGAAGGUUUGGCUUGGUUUGGUCGGUUUCUCUGCAACCAAUCAUUAGGAACUGUAAUGAUAAAUAUGUGUUUGCAGUAAUCCUUAAUAAACUGGCUGGAGAUUUUC